CCCACUCAGAACACAGCAGGUAUAAACGUGUUGCAGGUGACGCUCAAUUCUCAUCGCUGAUCUGAAGACUCCCUGAGCGUGCUUCACACAGUCGUCAUCCGUCCAGAAUGGGCUUCGGCACGAACGGCGAGCUGAUGGACGGCAGGUCAAAGGUCAGCUUCUGCUCGGGCUCGUGUCACGCCGAGCACAUCCUGCAGGUGCUGAACUCUUACCGGCGCAGCGGCACCUUCACAGACGUGGUUCUGCAGGUGGACGGAUGCGAGUUCCCGUGUCACCGCGCCACGCUCUGCGCCAGCAGCCUCUACUUCCGCAGCAUGUUCAACAGCAGCGGCUUCCAGGAGAACCGGCAGCCCGCGGUCAAGCUGCAGGGCAUCUCCAGCGCCGCCAUGGACAGCCUGCUGGACUUCAUGUACGAGGGCCGGCUGAAGCUGGACGAGGAGAACGUGGAGAGCGUCUUCCAGGCGGCGGAUCGGCUGGACGUUCCCGUCCUGUCCAAAGCCUGCGUGCAGUUCCUGCAGGAGCGCGUCAGCCACUCAAACUGCCUGGGGCUGAUGGACUUCGCCAGCCUGUACGUGCUGCAGCCGCUGCGGGAGCAGUGCCAGACGCUGCUCUACCAGGACUUCCAGCAGGUGCUGCGGCACGACGAGUUCCUCGGCCUGCCCAAAGCCCGCGUGCUGGAGCUGCUGGCCUGCGAGCGUCUGCAGGUGACGGAGGAGGUUCUGGUGACCGCCGCGCUCCGCUGGGUCCAUCACCGGCCGGACGAGCGGAAGCAGGACCUCAGGGAGCUGCUGGAGCGGCUGCGUCUGCCUCUGCUGGACCCGCCGUUCUUCACCGGCGCGCUGGAGGCGGAUGAGCUGGUGCAGGAGUGUGCGGAGCUCCGGCCGCUGCUGCAGGAGGCGCGCAUGUACCGCGUGUUUGGACGGGAGGUGCAGUCGGAGCGCACCAGACCCCGCCGGUGCUCUGGCUGGGCUGAGGUGAUCUUCGUGAUCGGUGGCUGUGAUAAGAACGGUUUCUCCAGACUCUCCUUCACAGAGAAGCUGAACGUGUCGUCAGGAGAGUGGACCUCCGCCGCCGCUCUGCCCGGUUACUCCAAAUCUGAGUUUGCGGCCUGUGAACUUCAGAACGACAUUUAUGUAUCCGGCGGGCAGCUGAACAGCGCAGACGUGUGGCGCUUCAUGCCUCAGCUCAAUCAAUGGGUUCGUGUGCGGGGGCUCAGCCGUGGCCGCUGGAGGCAUAAGAUGAUGUCCAUGUGUGGAAAGCUGUACGUGGUCGGCGGUUAUAACGGCCGCGAGCGUCUGUCCAGCGUGGAGCGCUACAGUCCGCAUGAGAACAGCUGGACGAGUGUUUCGGACCUGCUGCUGGCGGUCAGUUCUGCGGCUCUGAGCAGCUGCUGCGGGAGACUCUACGUCAUCGGAGGAGCCGUGAGCGAACACAACAACACUGACCGGGUCCAGUGUUACGACCCGGUGAGCGACAGCUGGUCGUUUGUGUCGUCCUGUCCCUUCUCUCAGCGCUCCAUCAGCGCCGUGACGCUCAACGGCUCCAUCUACGUGACCGGAGGUCUGCUGGACCACAUCUACUGCUACACGCCCUGCACAGACUCCUGGAGCCGAGCCGCGGCGCUGCCCGUCAGACUGGAGGGCUGCGGGCUGGCCGCGUGUGACGGGAAGCUGUAUGUGGUCGGCGGGCGUGAUGAACACUCGGUUGCGGUGGAUCAGAUCUGGGCGUUCGACCCAGUGAGCGGUAAAGUGACGGAGGAGAAGCCGCUGACCCGCUGCCUGAGUUAUCACGGCUGUCUGACCGUCCUGCAGCGGCUCUGACCCAAACACACGCAAACUCAGCUCAGAAUGUGUGAGACUCACGAUUCAUUCAACCAGUGUGUUUAUGAUUAUGAUAUGACAACAAAUACCUAUGGAAAACUGUUU